AGCACCCCUCCCCCACACCCAGGAGCCCUUUGUGACAGGGAGACAGGAGCUCUAUGAUGCAGCCUGGACCCAGCUGCCAACUCCCAGAAAGAACUCUCAGAGUUCAGUUGCCUGAGAGCAGCAGUGCGAUUCAGAUGGAGAAUUUUCUCUCUCUUCUGGAAAGCGUUGAUCCUUCAUGGCUGACCCCCAGCUCCACCACUUGGGCAAUAGACAUAAUCUUUGCCUUUGUGUGCGGGCUGGGGCUCUUCCGCCUAUUAUUACCCCUCCUCCCCCUUGACUCACCCUCACCUCCCCUAGGAGAAAACACCACCACCAAAAAUGUGGCAAGGAGGGAGCACGGCAAGGCCAGGAAGCAAAUCAGGACUGUGAAAGCUUACAGAGGCAGCAGGAAGAAACCGAAGGAGGACAAGGUACUGGGUUCACUUCUGCACAGCAUGCAGGAGAGGCUUGUCAACACCAGUAUUUGCCAGCAAUUAAAACAAGAUGCCUCAGGUGAAGCAUUCAAACCAGAUGCUGCCAAAGCCCACCUGCCACCUAGGCAGCCCACAGGGGAGUCUGUGGCCACCAAUUCAUCCCUAGAGACUUCCUCUGCUCCUCACAAUGAACACCUAUUGCUCCAAGUUUCUAAACCCUUGUCACCUGUCCUGCUGAAUUCCUCACCAGUUGAGUCACAGCCGUCUGUGAAUACUUGGCCACCAGAGACCUUGACAACUGGAAGACGCCAUUCACCACCACAACGGGCACCUUCCUACCCAUCUCUUCCUCUGGAUCCUGUGACUUGUCCUCCACCCAUGCCAGAACCCAGCAUGGUAUCUCCUCAGUUUAACUGGAAAAUACUGGCAACUUCACAGAGCACACCUCGGUCAGGUUUGUCUUCUCCCAUGUCAACCACCCCAGGCCUUAACCUCUCAAGGAGGCCUACCUCAACCGCCCCAGGCCUGGACCAUUCAAGCAGGCCUACCUCAACCACCCCAGACCUGGACCAUUCAAACAGGCCUACCUCAACUACUCCAGGACUUGACCAGUUAAGUAUGCCUAUCUCAGGCCCUUUCAGGUACCAGCUAGCUGCCAAAACCUUGUGCCACUCAAACUUAACACUUGAUGAGUCCUUGCAAGAGGAUCUUCCACUCAACAUCCACAAGGCCUCGUUCAGGACAGGCCCCACAUGCUGGCAGAUAGAGGCUGGGGAGCCCACUUUCAUCAACCCGGACAUGCAGAAGAUGCUAGAGGUUCAAGUUAACAAAAGAGUCGAACUAAAAGAAAGAUCUGACCUUUGCUUGCUGCACUCCUGGAAUAGCAAACCGGCCACCAUCACCUCACGCCCUUUCUGGAACAAAAACUGCAUAUCUGGGCAGUUUCCGGGUCAGCAGAAGGUCUUUGGCAACGACUUAAAGGAGACACAUACCCAGCUUUACUGGGGUCUCCCCUUUCUCCACAGUGAGUCCCUUGUGGGUAUGGCAGGGUCCCCACUAGAACGCUCCUCUAUCUUGUUCAAUGGACUCUCUGCUUACAGCCCAUUACACGUUCAGACAAAGGACCCUCCACAGCUCUGUUCUCCACAGCCCUUGCUUCACCACCUGGUCAAAUCCCAACCUUGGACUCCAAAAUUUUCCUGGUCCCAAUCUCCACCAAAGACUAGAAUCCAAAUCCAGGCCCGUUACCCAUCCUCUUUCUCAAAGCUAUCACGUGAUUCAGCUCCAAUUAGGGAUGAUGGGGCUUCUUGCCCUACACCUUCAAGACCCCAAGUUAUUGUCCCACGUGCUGUUGAACACCUAGAGCGCCACCUUUUGAAGAAAUAUCUAGAAAGUAUGAGCAAUUUACCAGUCAUAGUUAAAAAAUCACAGGAAGCAUUUAACCAACACACUUCCUACAGCUGGGUCUCGCAGGGCCAGGGGUCUGCUGUCCAUCUCCAGGGGAAACUCCUUAGCCCCAAAUACCGGGAGCAGAGGGAAGAACACUUAAAAAAGAGACUCAAGCAACAGCAAGGACAAUGGCCCCACAAAGUCCAGCUAUCUCUGGACCUGGGUCAGGCACAAGUUAAUCACAGGACUUCAUGCCCCUCGGCACAGCCAAAUAACAGCAGUCAGACUCCACAGUGUCUCUUGUCAAAGGGUCCAGAGAAAUUCCAACCAUGGAGAAACCCACCCAAGGAUCUGACAGAAUGUCUGGGAAGAGCUCUGAAAAAAGAUCUCUACAGGAGCCCAGAUGAUUCCCUAGGCAGAGUUCUCGAGGCUGUUCCUGAGACAGAGGUGGAAACUUGCCAUAGGAGACACCCAAGAAGUAAUGUGCAAAAUGUUUCCCCGGUGGGACCAGGAAAGAAACAGCUGGCAGGCACCCUGAGAAACCGCUGGAACAGUAAGUGGAGGCAAACCAGAGACACUAAGGUGCCCGAGGAAAUCGGUCGUGUGGUAUGUUUAGACCAUAAACAUUACCCUCCUGUAAUCACAAAACCAAAUAUGGGAACUUGGAAAACAACAUCUUUCAGUCAUUCAACCACUAGCACAGAAAUUACUAAUGCGCCUUCCUUCUUAGAUCCGGGCACUCAGAAGGUGCUAGAAGCACAAGUUACACGACGCCUGGUGAGGCACAGAUGGAGCCAGAGAGACCCAGAAAAGGAAGCGAUGAAAACAGCUUCCACCGUGGAAUCUCAGUCCACACAGAACUAUCCUCCUGCGCUCCACCUAGGAUGGCUGAGCGAGACUCCACCUCGUAUCAACUCUGGGCCCUUUGAAGCCCCUACGGUGACCCAGGGGGACAGUAUGACUUCUGUGUUCACCCCAAAGACCAUCGUGGGCAGAGCCUGGCACAGCAACACAGUUAAUAGAUCUGAGACAGACAACCCAGAGCCGAGUUCAGGCCAACUGAAAGGCAUCUUCGAAUCAGAGGAGAGAGAUGGGGUGACCUCAAGACGUAACUACCAAGGGGUGUCAGUUCGUGUAAUCGGUGCGCUUUCCCAGUUCUCAAGGAGCAGGGACACCAAGGAGCUGGAGGAGGCAGAGGAAGAAGAUUCCUCUGAGUGGACACUCCCCGUGAAAGCUGUGAAGAUGGGUAAUAUUCAAAUUAAUCCAUUGCUAAAGACAAGUGGAAGACUUCCAUCACCUUCUAAAGCCCUCCCCCAGGAUGCAGACGACGCGGGCCUGAGCACACCUCGCUGCUCGGCUUCUGCUGUCGUCCUGCGGGAUGGCGGCACUAGAAAGUCAUGCCACGACAGGGCCCCCAAGGGUCCGCUUGCUGAAGAUAUCCCGGCCUCUAGGCAGGACAUACAAAUUAAAGGGCCGAAGCCUGUCCUAGACCACAGGUCAAAUAACGAAAAUUUUUGUGACAGAAUAAAAAGAUUUAUACUGUCGAUAUUAAUCCCAAAAUGCAAAGUAAAACAGAUCUCCAAACAAAAAUGCCAGGGUUUACCAUCAAUUGCCCAAGGCCAAGGGUCCAUCAUAAGUAAAGUAUUCAUGUCCCGACAGGCUGCUGAAGGACAAGACCUUAUGAUGACUGCUGGGCAAAUUCUAAAGGGAAAAUUGCGAGUUAACCACAGUUGUGUUCCCUCAAAUGCAGUGAGGAGGCCUGUCUUCCACAAAAGAAUUCCUACAACAGAAUCAAAUAAAAACAAAAAAAACAGUAUCACAGCUCACCUUGCAAACAUCAAGGUACACAGUCUAUCUUGCCAAGACAAAGGAGUGCCCUAUGGAAAAAACCAGGCCCAGGUAUCCAGAGACCCUGUCUCCCGAGUCAGUCCCCAUCAGCAGCAAGGCCAGGUUCCACAUGCCCCGAGGAUAGCUGUCCACUGCCCAAGGCACUGCCUCUACAGAAAAUGUAUUAUCUAGAAAACAAGUGUUUUCUCCAAAUUAAAGAAAACUUUUAGACAUUA